GAGGGUGGGCCAUGUUGCCAGGGAUCUGAUUGACAGGCAGUCGGGGUCGCCGGCUGGGCCUGGGCUGUCGAAGCUGUGGUCAUGGCGCAGGAACUGACUGGCCUCACGGAUGAGCAGGCGUAUGCCGCUUGUUCGGAACCGGACCCGAGUACCAAGGAUUUUAUAAUGCAACAGACAAUGCUGAGAGUGAAGGAUCCGAAAAAAUCUCUUGAUUUUUACACCAGAAUCAUUGGAAUGACACUGCUGCAGAAAGUUGAUGUUCCCUCGAUGAAAUUCACACUCUUCUUUCUGGGUUUUGAGGACAAAAAGGAAAUCCCAACAGAAAAGAACGAGCAUACGGCCUGGACCUUCUCUCGGAGGGCUACCAUUGAGCUGACGCACAACUGGGGCACAGAGGUGGAUGAAAACCAGGCCUACCACAACGGCAAUUCUGACCCCAGAGGAUUUGGUCACUUGGGCAUUGCUGUCCCUGACGUUUAUGCAGCAUGUAAGCGGCUUGAGGAACUCGGAGUAAAGUUUGUGAAGAAGGUGGAUGGUGGUAAAAUGAAGGGGCUCGCUUUCAUCCAGGAUCCAGAUGGUUAUUGGAUAGAGAUUUUCAGCCCAAACCAAAUGCUUAAGAUAGUAUGAAUUGUGGAGCACGAACUCGACGACAAUUUGGAUUCUUCAAUACAGAGCAGUUGUCAUUGAACCUAUGCAGCGUGAGAUUUAAUAGAGUUUUUGUGACCUGGCAUUCUUAAUGCUCAUCUUUAGGUGGUCACUACCAGCUUCCUGGGAAAUUAUGAGCUCAUUAAUUAACAAGGGUGAUUGAAGCUUAAAUUUUCUGUAGGCAUGAAGUCUCCAAAAAACAUUUGUGUGAAACCUUUGACUAAUCCUAGUGUACAGAAGUACAAAUUCUUCAGUGAUUUCUAAUAUUUGCUUGGAUUACCUCUUAAUUUCAGCAAAGGGGGCAGAAGAUAGAAGGUUGAAUUCUUUUCCCCGGCACAUAAAAUGUUUAAGGUUCUAAAUCCACAUUUCCACUUCUAUUGAAGUGGUUUCAAACUGCAGUGUAAUUGUAAAUUCAGUGCAAAAUGGUUGGAUUAAAUCACUCUCUGUAAUCAUAAUUAGUGAUUUUGAUUCAAACUUGUUAGAAAACCAUGAAGUGUCUUGUCAAUUAGUGGAGAUAAUCUGAGAGCCAUUGCUAUUUAAAAUUGCAAUCAAGAAUUGUUGUUGAAAUUUGGUUCCCUUCUUCCAUCUAGCCUUAAAAUAAAUUCUAAUUCGGGUGGGAAAAUCUAGUCCCAAAACUGUAGAUUAUAAUCUGUCAUCACGGCCCAGGGAUUUGAUUUGUGUAAAGCAUACCCAGGCUGCUCGCUCAUUAAAAUCUUGUUGGUAUUUAAACUGUCUUAAUCAGAAAGAUAUACUUUUGUGUUUUGAUAACAUCAGUGUGCCAGGCCCACUCUUGGCACGGUCUUGAUGAGAAUUUGUAGAUUAACUGAGUAUUGAUUUAUGUUAAAUAACAAUUAUUAUUACGUAGAUCCUAAUCUAUAAUAAAUGUUUACUUCGCUGUU